GCGGGCGCGUCCCUCCCCUCCGUCUCGCGCUCGGCCUAAGCUGGCGCAAGCCGGGAAGAUGGCGGCGGCUGGAGCGGGCCGUCUGAGACGGGCGGCGUCGGCCCUGCUGCUGCGGAGUCCGCGCCUGCCUGCCCGGGAACUGUCUGCUCCGGCCCGGCUCUAUCACAAGAAGGUUGUUGAUCAUUAUGAAAAUCCUAGAAACGUGGGGUCCCUUGACAAGACUUCAAAAAAUGUCGGAACUGGAUUGGUGGGGGCGCCAGCAUGUGGUGAUGUAAUGAAACUGCAGAUUCAAGUGGAUGAAAAGGGGAAGAUUGUGGACGCCAGGUUUAAAACAUUUGGCUGUGGGUCUGCUAUUGCCUCUAGCUCAUUAGCCACUGAAUGGGUAAAAGGGAAGACGGUGGAAGAAGCCUUGACGAUUAAGAACACGGACAUCGCCAAGGAGCUCUGUCUGCCCCCCGUGAAGCUGCACUGCUCCAGGGAAGGAGGAAUGAGAAACAGUAGCCUUAACUUACUGACCAAAUUAGUUUAAAAUCAGCAGAGAGCCAGGCCUCUUGCCAGAGUAAGACUCACAAGGAAAAUCGGGGGCAGGGAUGUGCUAACAGUCGUCAGGAAGUCUACUAUGACCCGAGUUCUUUCCACCCGAGCUGGGAUUCCCCAGUAUGCAGGAAUAAAGGCCAUAGCUUGUCGACAUUUUCAUAAAACCCCCAGCCUCUUCAUUUGGCCUUCUUGGGCACCGCCACCUUUAGCUGCUCCUCUCUGCCUGUUGCUUACUAUUUCCCCCCAUAGUCAUUAUAAUUCUGACUCCAAAGUAAAAGUUUUCAAAGUUGGGAUCCCUCCAGAGGAUGUGGCAGUUGCCACCUGUCAAUUAGUGGCAUGACCCACGUUACACCAGCUUGCUCAGCCAGCAUCCGCUACAUUUACUCCAGACUUCCCUGGGGACAGAUGAGAACGGACGUCUCUUGUGGCCCUCUGACAUGUCAGUUUAUUAAGCCCUCACCCUAUCCCAGCAAAGGGAGAAUGUCCCAGUUUUAUAGAACAGAAAGGGGAUUCCAGGAGGCUGAGGCUAGCCUAGAAUCCCAGGUAUUUAAACUCUAAUCUGCCUCCGAAGCCACGGACAGGCGUAAUCAGGCUCAGGAAACGGCUGGCUGGCUUUCCAGGCUUGCUCCUCACUCCCCACCCCCCAGCCGGGGGGUUCUGAUAAGCCCUUCCCCAGCGCCGCUGCCCUCUAGCUCUUAGAGGUGUGAUGCCCAAGACCCUCUCUGUACAGUCUACAGACUGAGGCUCUUUCCUUG